AGAAAAUUCCAAUUAAGAUUUAGGAAACACCCCAUUAGCUUACAUAUACAUUGGUCUGUUUGGUGUUCCAAGUCAGGCGCACAAGUCUUCUCUUUAAACAGUCAAUAUCCACUCUCACUAAAAACCACAAACAACAGCAGCAACAAUGCCAAAAUAUACAGAGAGUCACACAUUGUAAAUUCGAAUAUAUCGAUCGACCAUGGCUUCGAUUUAGUCCUUCAUUAUGACCCACCACUCUUCCGCCUCCGCCACGGCCACCCCCACCCCCACCUCCGACAUUAGCCACAAAUCUCACUCAUCACCACCCAUGAGUGAGCAAACCCAAACCCAAACCCAAACCCAAACCCAAACAGAAGCACAAACAGAAACAGAAACAAAAACAAAGACCGAGUUUGAGACUCAGACCCAGCCCGAGACGACAACCACCACCACCACAACCGCGGACUUAGCCUCCACCACUACCAUCGCCGACAUAGCCAAUGCUCCGCCCCAAAAGCCCCCUCCCUCUGCCAAAAUCCCCUUCCGCCCACGGAAGAUCCGAAAGGUCUCUCCCGACACCACCGAUGAUGGCAAAUCCCCAAAAAAAGACGCCUCGCAAACCCCCAAAACCACAAACACCACCACUAGAGCCUCCAAGAACAAGAUUGUCCCUCCACAACCCAAACCCAACCGAACAAUCGUCGCGAAAUCGCUGUCCUGCGAAGGCGAAAUAGAAAUCGCACUCCGACACCUCCGAAUCGCCGAUCCAUUACUCGCUCCUUUGAUCGAUCACCAUCACCCUCCCACAUUCGAUUCCUUCCACGCCCCGUUUCUUGCCCUAACCAAAAGCAUUCUCUAUCAGCAACUCGCGUACAAGGCCGGUACCUCAAUCUACACUCGCUUCGUCUCUCUCUGUGGUGGCGAGGCAGGCGUUAUGCCCGAUACCGUUCUUGCCCUAACCCCUCACCAACUCCGGCAAAUCGGUGUUUCGGGGCGAAAAGCUAGUUACCUCCAUGACCUUUCAAGGAAGUACCAGAAUGGAAUUCUAUCCGAUUCAGCUAUUGUGGAAAUGGAUGAUAAGUCACUUUUUACAAUGCUCACUAUGGUCAAUGGUAUUGGUUCUUGGUCGGUUCAUAUGUUUAUGAUUUUUUCUCUCCACAGACCGGAUGUUCUUCCGGUGAAUGACCUCGGUGUUCGCAAAGGCGUUCAGCUUCUCUACAGCCUUGACGAGUUGCCUCGGCCUUCUCAGAUGGAGCAAUUGUGUGAGAAGUGGAGGCCGUAUCGGUCUGUUGGCUCGUGGUAUAUGUGGAGGUUUGUGGAAAACAAGGGGGCACCUUCGAGUGCAGCAGCUGUGGCAGUGACUAGUGCUAGUUUACUGCAGCAACAGCAGGAGCAGCAACAACAACAACAUCAACAGCAGCAGCAGUUUCUGGAUCCUAUAAAUGGCAUACUUAAUCUCGGAGCGUGUGCUUGGGGACAAUGAUUGGGAUCCGAAGUGAUAACUGUUGUCUGCAUUUUGUCCAAUCUAUUUAAGGGGAAAGUUCUAAAGCAGCAAAGAAGUCACUUUUAUAGUUCUGGAGCAAAACUGUAGGAAUUGUUUGAGGCUUUUGUGGGAGGAGCAUUUGCUUCUACAGGAAUAAAGACUAUGUUCCAGUUCUUGCACUUAAGUUAAGAAAUUUAAGUUCUAAACAUUCACCGUCUUUAAUAGAACAUUUAAAACCCAAUGUUCAGUACCUUCGAUUUGUACUGUUGUCUAGCUCACGUGUUAGAGUAAAUUUUCAGCGCUGCAUGUUUAGUAGUCCUGAUAGGACUUUUUGUUCCCCUAACCUAAAUUUGAUCAUCUGAAAUAUAGCCAUAUAUUUAUCUUUA